UGUUACACCUAAACGAAAAAAAGAGAGAGUAGCUUAGUUGAUUAAAGUCUAAACAAAGCUCAAAAGACAUACUCGUAUUGUAUGUACUAAUAUAAGUAUUAUUAUAUUUCUACUCCAUUUCCUAAAAAAAGAAAAUAUAUUUUACUCCCUAGCUAGUUGUUAGCUAUUUCAAAUAAAGCCACCUUAAUAAUAUAAUUAAGAAAAAAAAAAAAUCUAACUGCUCUUAAUGAUUUAAUCCAAAACAGUACAUAUCAUUUUGUCCACUUCUACAAUUAUGGUUCUGCUUGGAAUUUGGAGCUAACCUAACAUUCUUCUUAGAAUAUUUAAUUUACUCAAAUUGUUCACACUUUAAUUUAGACUAGAUGCUACUAUAAAUUAAGUCCUUUGCUUUCCUUACAAUUCUCCACCUCCCUCUUAUUCAAAAACGGUGUCUAGGCUCAUUAAAUCAUAGCAGAAAUGACUUCCUUUUUAUCAAAAUCUAGUUCAAAGCUCUUCAAUUCAAAACUUCAAUAUUGCUUGUUUUGGCUAUUAAUUGGUGUAGCUUCAGCUCAAUUGUCACCAAAUUUCUAUUCAAGCUCAUGCCCAAAUGCGCUUUCCACAAUCCAAUCGGCCGUUCAAUCUGCUAUAAAUAAUGAGACUCGCAUGGGAGCAUCCUUACUUCGGCUUCAUUUCCAUGAUUGCUUUGUAAAUGGAUGUGAUGGUUCCAUUUUACUCGAUGAUACAGCGAAUUUCACUGGUGAGAAAACAGCGAUUCCAAAUCAAAGUUCAGUUAGGGGUUUUGAAGUAAUUGAUACCAUUAAAUCACAAGUUGAGAAUGUAUGUGCCGGUGUUGUAUCUUGUGCUGAUAUAUUAGCUGUUGCUGCUAGAGACUCCGUGGUUGCGCUUGGUGGACAAAAUUAUACAGUGCUACUUGGAAGAAGAGAUUCCACAACAGCAAAUGCAAGUGCAGCUAAUUCCAAUCUUCCUGCUCCUUCUAUGAAUCUUAACCAACUAAUUACGUUGUUCUCCAACCAUGGCUUUAAUCCCCAAGAGUUGGUUGCUUUGUCAGGUGCACAUACUAUAGGGCAAGCAAGAUGCACAACAUUCCGAUCACAUAUCUAUAAUGAAACCAACAUAAAUUCCACAUUCGCCUCAUCUUUACAAUCAAAUUGUCCUCGUACCGGAGGUGACAACACUACUUCGCCACUCGAUACGACCACCCCAAACACGUUCGACAAUGCCUACUUCACCAACUUGUUAAGCCUAAAGGGUCUUCUUCACUCGGACCAAGAAUUGUGGAGUGGUAAUACUACUGGAACCACGGAUAAUCAAGUCUCGGCUUAUAGUUCGAAUUCGACGGCAUUCUUUACGGAUUUCUCCAAUGCUAUGAUAAAGAUGGGUAACAUGAGUGUUCUUACAGGUACAAGUGGAGAAAUAAGAACAAAUUGUAGGAAGCCAAACUCAGCUGGUUUGAACGCGAUUGAUAGUAAGAUUAUCGAUCUAAUCACAACUAUAUUUAAUAUGUAAGGUAUUGCUAAGGAAAAAUAAAUACAUAUAUGUGUGUUUUAUGAUAAUCUAGUAUGUUUUUAAAUAUUUUAAUUAAUGUACUAAGGAAUAUUAUGAUAUGCUUUGUAAUCUUGUAACGGCUUUGAGUUUUAUAUACAGAGAAUUUAUUUUCA